AUGUCGAGUUCUUAUGCUCUAGAGAACUCAAGGGAAAAUGGAAACCGAAGUUCAGCAGUAGUAGAAGAUGAGCAGCGCUCGGUCAAUACGACGCCAUUAUCGGCAAUACCUGCCACGACUCAUGAUACACGACGGGCGAAGUAUCAUAUGAAUGAGCUUGGAACGUUUUCCGAUCGACUCGAAGAAUCUGCAUCAAGGGUCUUUCCUAAUCGCGGACGAAACAGAUACAAGCAAGUGAUUGCAGUAUUGAUCCAAUGGGGUGACGAUUCAUCAAAUUUGCAACCCGAAAUUAUCCGUAUGCGCACAAUAUUCGAAGCUUGCUACGGAUUCAAUACUCAGCUAUGGCUAAUACCGUCUGCGUCUUCUCAUCUGAAGUUGAUGAGCUUGGUUCUGCAUUUUCUCGAAGACUACGGUUCGAGCGAUAAUUUGAUGAUUGUCUAUUAUGGAGGACAUGGUGUCAUCAACAGCUCUGGACAAACGACAUGGUUAUCGAAGCAAGAAUCUCUUUCCCCAUCUCUAGAUUGGUCAGCGAUCCAAAAUCUUUUUGAGGAAACCGAAUCGGAUGUACUGUUCCUCCUGGACUGCUGCGCGGUACCUGGUUCGUCAACUGGAGGAGGGCAGGGUAUCACAGAAACUCUUGCUGCUUCCGGUCUUGAACCAUGGCCUCCUGGUCCAGGUCGAAAUCUUUUCACCGAUGCAUUAAUAAGUGUCCUCGAAGACUGGAUCACGAGACCAGCAUUCACAGCUGCGAUGCUUCAUAGUGAGGUGCUUGCUGCAAUUAAACACGAAAAGCCGGAACGAAAAAGGUGGGCCGACUUACAGAAGAUUAAAGAUCGGAAGACACCAAUUUACAUCCUCAACUCGAGUAUCGAUACGUCGCUGAGUAUUGAGUUGGCUACUCGUCGUACGGUAAACGGCAGAGCGAGUGCAAAUUUUAGUCGACCAGCUUUGGCACCCUCACCACUCAAUCCCUCACCUGUAUUUUCCAAAUUCGAUAUUUACAAUCCCGCCAAUUUGUUAAAGACAUCCAAAACUGGCGAGUUGCAGAUACCUCAUGUGUUAAUUUCGGUUGCGAUCGAUGAAGAUCACACUGUCGAUGUCGAUACAUGGUACCAAGAUAUUCGACAGAUCCCGGCGUUAGCAAAAUAUGCUGUUGUUGAAGGCAUUUACAGGAGUUAUUCGACCAUGAUACUAAUGUCUAUUCCUCUCUUAAUAUGGGACAUGCUACCUGAUGACUUGGCAGUGUCAUUUAUCGCAUAUGUCCAAUCUAGGAAUCUCCUUGCCGUUGAGUCUGUCGAGGAUUUUCACCGACUAAUCGAAACGAAGGAAAAUAAUCGUGAGCCAAAAAGAAGACAAUUGCAUUCCUAUUCCAAAUCUUCAAGUACGGCGGCGACAAAUCAUAUGAACGAGAUGAUGAAGUCGGUGAAAUCCACACUGGAAUCGGCCACCCUUGUGCGUAUCACAAACGUCAACGACUCUCAAAAGAGUCCAGUCAGCCCACAGAGUUUUGCUCGUAAUCGGUACUCAGCGGAUACUGUAGUCUCACCAAUUAGUCCUAUCGCACAGAGCGGAGGAUUUCCAUAUGGUAAGGCCAGUCUUGAUGCUAAUCGACCAACAACGUCAAGAGGCCCAAACAAUAAGGGAUUUUCUAAACAGGCUGAUGGGCCGCGCUCGUCUAGUGAUUACGGUAGAGAAGGAUUUGGAGAAAGUCGGCAAUUAUCUGGCAAGCCAUCUGGGUCCGAUCGGGUGUUUGAAAGUCUUAAAAGCCCACUCGAGUCGAAUCACUCAUCUGAGCGUUUAAACCACGAAACUCCGAUGGCUGCUCAUCCGGGGAUCUCGCGACCGCCUGGUAGACACGACUCUCCUUUACAUUCAAAUCCCUUUCAAGCCGACUCUCGUGUCAAGACUCCACAACAAUCAAGUCAAUUUGUCAGUCGCCAAUCAACGGACGCUGAAGCCAGAGAUCCGUUCGCUCUAGAGAGAUACAUUCGAGACGAUAAUAAUAACCCUAGCCAAAAGGAGAUUCACACUCAAUCAAACGAAGCAGAUCAGCCAGAUGUCGACCCACCCGAAACAGUCCCACUAACCAAUUCAAUGGACGUUAAUCCUCUCACCGUCAAACGACUCGAAAGAGAAUCCAGUCGUCGAGUAGCAAAACUCGACGCCGCCCUCACUGACAUCUUCUCCCCAGGUGAUCCCCACCCCAUCCCCAACCCAAAAUCCGUAAAACGACGCUCCGCCCAAAUCAACCCAGAAGCCGAACUGCUCGCCGACAUCUCAGAAACUGAAGCGCUCAUCACCUCACUCCAACAAGAAGCACGAUUUGCCCGCGAAGAAGCGCGUCGCGCCUGGGAAGAGCUCGGAAAACGCGAACGCGAAGAACGCGAACGUCUCAGUAAACUUCGGGAUGGCCAGGCGAUCUGGAUAGGUCGGUAUCAAGUACGAUGCGUUGACAAAGCACUGGAGAAGCCAUCCAAAGCAGCGGCGUUGUUAGGAACGAUUCUUAGUCCAAGGGAGGCGAUGGAGAAACAUAGGAGAGCGAGAAGUGAACCGAGGUAUGGACGCAAUGGAAAGAAACCAUCUAUGGAUUCGAGGAUCAAAAUCACAUAUCCGCCUGCACCGCCGCCGAAGAAUACGCCGAUGUCAAAUAUGGACUCUUUCAUCACGCAGCAGCCCGUUACGCAUAUUGCGCAGUUAAAAGUCCCUGCUAAGCCGGUGGAAGUUUACCAGCCCAAACUCCCGGACGUGAAACCGACUCCUGAGAAACAGCCACCUGAGCCGAAGACGCCAGAGCGUAAACGUCCGAUCCCGGAACGGAAAUCUAGUCGUCAGCACAUUUCGCCAGACGCGAAGGGUACGCCUGCGUUUGGUAGUCCGGAUUUUGGGACUCAUGCGUUUCCGGAUGCUGAUCCGAAUGUCAUGAGGCAUGUUAUGAGUUUUGAGGGGAAUAGUAGUAGAGCGUUUAUGAGGGAGGAGGAUGCGAGAGGUGUUGAGGCGUUAAGGCGUGCUGAGGAUUCAACCCGUACUAACCAUCUCAGUGAGGGAACAAACGGAAAUAAGAAUGUGGGUAAGAAAGCUGAAAGAGAAAGUAAUAGCAUAAGAAAAAAGAGAAAUCGAAAUGAAAGAAUGGUCAUGCGGGGCUCGAAUGAGCGUGAGAAGGAAAGGGGGAGAGGAAGGGAAACGCAGUAUACGUUUUUCAACGAUGAGGAGGUUGGUGGUGGUGGUAUGGCACCUAUCUUUGUUGGUGAUGGUGCUGCUCCUGUGUUUGGCGGGAAUGGGAGUGGGAAUGGGAUACCGAUGGUGCAGGAGAAGAAACCGGCUAGGAGACCGAGUAAACUUGUUAAGAAGAGGUUCUUGAGUCAGGAUCGGGAGGGCGGGAAGGGGAAGGGGAGGGAGGAAAGUGUGGAUUCUAGAGGUGUUGGGAUGGGAAAGGAGAAAGGGAAGGGAAGGUGGGUUGGCGGUGGUGGUGGAGGGGUUGGAGGGGAGAGUAAGGGGAGAGAAGCGAGUGUGGAUUCGAGGGGGGUGGGGAAGUGGAUGAGGAGGGGUGUUGUUUGA